GGCCCCGCUGCAGCGCCUCCUCCGCGUCCCCCAGGCCACCACCACGGCUGCCCAUGGACCUCGUGGCGCUCGCUCUCCUCCUGGUGGGGGUGCCGGCGGCGGCGGGCUCGGAGGAGCCCGACCUGUCCCACGGCUGCGCCCAGGGCAGCUGCUACCCGGCCACCGGGAACCUGCUGGUGGGGCGAGCCCAGAGCCUCAGCGCCACGUCCACCUGCGGCCUCCAUGGGCCCCAGGAGUACUGCAUCGUCAGCCACCUGCAGGACUCUGAGAAAUGCUUCACCUGCGACUCGCGGGACCCGGCGCUGCGCGACAGCCACCGCAUCGAGAACGUCAUCUACCUGAGCGGCCCCGACGGCGAGCGCACGUGGUGGCAGUCGGAGAACGGCGUGGAGCACGUCAGCAUCCGGCUGGACCUGGAGGGCGAGUUCCACUUCACCCACCUCAUCAUGACCUUCAAGACCUUCCGGCCCGCGGCCAUGCUGGUGGAGCGCUCGGCCGACUUCGGGCGCACCUGGCGCGCGUACCGCUACUUCGCCUACGACUGCUCCAAGCUGUUCCCGGGCGCCGGCGGCCGGCCCUCGGGGCGCCUCGACGACGUGCUCUGUGACCAGCGCUACUCCGAGAUCGAGCCCUCCAGCCGCGGCGAGGUCAUCUUCAAGGUGCUGGAUCCCUCCGUCCCCGUGGAGGAUCCCUACAGCCCGGAGGUCCAGGACCUGCUGCGCGUCACCAACCUGCGGGUGAACCUCACCAAGCUGCACACGCUGGGCGACAACCUGCUGGACUCGCGGCGCGAGGUGCUGCACAAGUACUACUACGCCGUGGACGAGCUGGUGCUGCGCGGCAGCUGCUUCUGCCACGGGCACGCGGCCGAGUGCGCCCCGGCGCCUGGCGCCCUGCGCCCCAGCCCCGGCAUGGUGCACGGCCGCUGCGUCUGCCAGCACCACACGCAGGGCCUCAACUGCGAGCGCUGCGAGGAUUUCUACCACGACCUGCCCUGGCGCCCGGCGCAGGGCACCAGCACCAACGCCUGCCGCCGGUGCGACUGCAACGAGCACUCGCGGCGGUGCCACUUCGACAUGGCCGUGUACCUGGCCACGGGGAACGCGAGCGGGGCCGUGUGCGACGGCUGCCAGCACAACACCAUGGGCCGCCGCUGCCACCUCUGCAAGCCCUUCUACUACCGGCACCCGCGCGCCGACAUCCGCGCCCCCACCGCCUGCGCCCCCUGCGACUGCGACCCGGCGGGCUCGCUGGAUGGCGGCGCGUGCGACGGGCACACGGACGCGGCGCUGGGCAUGAUCGCGGGGCAGUGCCGCUGCAAGGAGCACGUGGCCGGGCCCCGGUGCGACCGCUGCCGCCCCGGCGCCUACGGCCUCAGCCACGGGGACCCGCAGGGCUGCCAGCCGUGCCGGUGCGACCCGCGGGGCACCGUGGCGGGCAGCUCCCCCUGCGACCCCGUCAGCGGCGACUGCUACUGCAAGCGCUUCGUGGCCGGGCGCUCGUGCAGCCAGUGCGUGCCCGAGUUCUGGGGCCUGAGCUACGACGCGGGGGGCUGCCGGCCCUGCGCCUGCGACUUCGGGGGAGCCUACAGCAACCGGUGCUCCGCGGCGGACGGCGCCUGCCCAUGCCGCCCCCAUCUCAUGGGGCGCCAGUGCGACCAGGUGCAGCCCGGCUUCUUCUGCGCCCCGCUCGACCACCGCACCUACGAGGCCGAGCGCGCCGCGGGCCGCGGGCCCGGCCACCCCCAGCUCCCGGGCGCCCCGCGGGCCGAGGCGCCGCUGCACUGCCCGGAGGGCGACAACGGCGUGCCCGGCGGGCGGAAAGGGCGGCCGCGGCGCCGGCGCAGCCCGCCGCGGCCCCCGUCCCGCCGCGGCCGCCAGCAGCCCCCCGGCGCAGCCGGCGGGCCGGACGUGGAGGAGGUGGCGCGGGACGGAGCCGGGCGCAUGGUGACGUGGACGGGGCCGGGGUUCGCCCGCGUGCGGGACGGCGCCGGCCUCACCUUCCGCGUCGACGACGUGCCCUACCCCAUGGAGUACGAGAUCCUGCUGCGCUACGAGCCCGAGUCGGCCGAGGACUGGGAGGCCGUGGUGAGCGUCAGCUCCCGGGCGCUGCCCACCAGCCCGCGCUGCGGGAACCUGCUGCCCUCCGAGCAGAUGUACCGCCAGAGCCUGCCGCACACGCGGAGGUACGUGCUGCUCUCCCGGCCCUUCUGCUUCGAGCCCAGCACCCCGUACGAGGUGGCCGUGCGGCUGCAGCGGGCCGGUGUCGCCCGGCGCCACCCCGGCGCCUUCGUCCUCGUCGACUCGCUGGUGCUCCUGCCGCGGGUGCCGGAGCUGCCGGGCUUCGAGGGCGCCGAGGCGGCGGCGGCGCAGCGCCGCGAGGAGCUGGAGCGUUACCGGUGCCUGGAGGCUUUCCGCAUGGUGCCGCCGCCCGCCCUGGCCGAGGCCUGCGCCCGCCUCGUCUGCAGCGUCUCGGCCCUGCUGCACGACGGGGCGCUGCCCUGCCAGUGCGACCCGCAGGGCUCCCGCAGCGGCGUGUGCCAGGCGCUGGGCGGGCAGUGCCAGUGCAAGCCCCACGUCGUCGGGCGCCGCUGCGACCGCUGCGCCCCCGGCAGCUACGGCUUCGGGCCCCUGGGCUGCAGCCCCUGCGCCUGCUCCCCCGAGGGCUCGGCGUCACGGACGUGUGACGCGGUGAGCGGGCAGUGCCGAUGCCAGCCCGGUGCCGUGGGCCGCCAGUGCGACCAGUGCCAGCCGGGCCACUGGGGCUUCCCGGCCUGCCGGCCCUGCCAGUGCAACGGGCACGCCGAGGACUGCGAGCCCCGCACCGGCGCCUGCCUGCGCUGCCGUGACCACACCGCCGGCCGGCACUGCGAGAGGUGCCAGGAUGGCUACUACGGGGACCCGGUGCUGGGCUCGGGGCAGCAGUGCCGGCCCUGCCCCUGCCCCGGCUUCCCCGGCACGCGGCACUACCACGGGAGCGCCUGCCACGCCAACCAGGCCACUGGCCACAUCGUGUGCCUCUGCGCGCCCGGAUACGCCGGGCCCCGCUGCGACCGCUGCUCGCCCGGGUACUUCGGGGCGCCGGAGAUGGAGGGGGGCGUCUGCCGGCCCUGCCAGUGCAACAACAACAUCGACGCCAGCGACCCGGGGGCCUGCGACCCCCGCACGGGGCACUGCCUGCGCUGCCUGUACCACACUGCUGGGCCCCGCUGCACCGAGUGCCAGCCCGGCUACUACGGCAAUGCCCUGCAACGCAGCUGCCGGCGCUGCAGCUGCGACCCACGGGGGACGCUGGCCUCGCACUGCGCCGCGGGCACCUGCGCCUGCGACCGAGCCUCGGGCGCCUGCGCCUGCCGCCCCAAUGUGGUGGGCAGGAGCUGUGACCGCUGCGCCCCCCACUUCUGGAGCCUGGGGGAGCCGGGGGGCUGCGAGCCCUGCGACUGCCACCCCACGCACGCCCUGCACCCGGCCUGCGACGCGGUCACGGGGCAGUGCCUGUGCCGCCCCGGCUUCGGGGGCCGCGUCUGCUCCCAGUGCCAGGAGCAUCACUGGGGUGACCCCGAGCUGGAGUGCCGAGCCUGCGAGUGCGAGCCGCUGGGCGCCGAGAGCCCGCAGUGCGAGCGGGCCGGCGGGCAGUGCCCGUGCCGGCCGGGCUUCGGGGGGCCGCGCUGCGACCGCUGCCAGCGGGGCUACCAGGACGCCUUCCCCCGCUGCCCGCCCUGCCACCCCUGCUUCGGGCGCUGGGACCCGGCGCUGGGCAGCCUGCGGGAGACGCUGCGGCGGCUGCGGGCGCAGGCGCGGGCGCUGCGCCAGGGCGGCCCCGCGCCGCCGCCGAGCCCCAGGCGCCUGCGGGCGCUGCAGGAGGCCCUGGGGCGCCUGGGGCAGCUGCUGGCCCACGGCGAGCGCCCGCAGCUCCUGCGCAGCCUGGGCGAGCGGCUGGACGGCAGCAGGACGGAGCUGGACGGCUCGUGGGAGCAGCUGCGGGAGCUGGAGCAGCGCCUGGAGCGGCUGGCGAGGGGGGAGGCGCAGCGGCGGCAGCGGCUGGCCGGGCUGCGCCGGGAGCUGGGCGAGCUCCGCGGCACCGCGUCCCGCCUCGAGCGCGCCCUGGGCACCGUGCCGGGCGCCGCCUUCGCGGAGGCCUCCCGGCACGCGGUGGCGGCGGCGGCGGCGGCGGCCUCGCGGCAGGCGGCGGAGCGGGCGGCGGGCGCGCUGAGCCAGGCGCAGGCCACGCGGCGGGCGGCCGAGCGGGCGCUGCGACGCCGGGGCGACGCUUCGCGCCGCGCCGCGGCCGCCCAGCGCAAGUCGCUGCGGGAGGCGCGGAAGCGGGCGGCCGAGCUCGGCGUGGCCGGCGUCAACGCCAAGAUCUGCGGGGCGCCCGGGGACCGGAGCUGCACGCAAGCCCCCUGCGGAGGAGCCUUGUGCCGGGACGGCGGCGGCGGGCGGCGCUGCGGGGGCGCGGGCUGCGCCGGCGCCCUGCCCGUGUCCGCCCGCGCCCUGCGCGCCGCCCGCAACACCUCGCGGCAGCUGGACGCAGUGCUGGCGCAGCUGGGCGCCGUGGCGCACAAGAUGCGGGAGGUGCAGGACCUGGCGCGGGGUGCGCGGAGCCAGGCCGAGGAGGCGCUGGGGCGCUCGCAGGCAGCCCGCACCCGCGCCGAGAAGGCCACGGCGCAGCUGCGCGACUUCAUCCGCCGCAUCAAGGCCUUCCUGGCAGAGGAGGGGGCCGACCCGGCCAGCAUCGAGCUGGUGGCCCGGCAGGUGCUGAACAUCUCCCUGCCCAGCAGCCCCGGCAGGAUCCAGGAGCUGCUGCUCGAGAUCCGGCAGAGCAUCGGCCAGCUGGACGGGGUGGACGCGGUGCUGAACGGCACGGCGCAGGGGCUGGCCGCGGCCCGCAGCCUGCUGCAGCGGGGGCAGGAGGCCAGGGAGCGGGCGGAGGGCGUGCGGGACGUGCUGGCGGGCACGCGGCGGGCGCUGCAGACGGCGCAGGCCCAGGCGGCGGCGGCGGGGAGCGCGCUGCAGAGCGCCGGGGACGCCAUCCGCGCGGCGGAGAGCCGCGCCAAGGAGGCGGAGCGCAAGCUGCAGGCGCUGGAGGGGAAGGAGCAGCGGGCGCGGAAGCGGCUGCGGGAGCUGGCGCAGCGCGUCGCCGCGCUGCAGGAGCAGAGCCGAGACGGCCGGCGCUUGGCCCAGCGAGCCGAGGCCCGGGCGCAGCUCGCCACCGCCGCCGCGGGGACGCUCAGCCAGGAUCUGGCGCAGGUGGCGCAGCGGUACCUGGUGCUGAAGGGCCGGGUGAGCGAGCUGGACGGGGCGUCCCCGGCCGCCCGGCAGCGCGUGAUGCACAUCACGCAGCAGGCCCAGGACCUCCUGGACAAGGCCAACAGCAGCAAGAGGAAGCUGGAAGAGCUGGAGCAGCACCUGGGCGCCAACGAGCAGGCGAUGGCGGCGAAGGCGACGCGGCUGCAGGCGCUGGAGCGGCGCGUCUCGGGGCUGCUGGAGGAGAUCCGGGAGAGGGCCAACGCUUACGCCACCUGCUAGGGCGCCCGGGCCCCGCCGCCCGGGCCAGCCCCGCGC